AUGAGAUUCUCGAAUCUCAACGCCGGCAUCGCUUCGGUUGCUGCGCUGCUCCCGUCUUUGGUGGGCGGCACCGCAGCUUCCCCUUUUGAGGUCUAUCGCCAGCAGGACGAAGUCCAGUCCGCGGCUCUCCACAACCUGGAACACCAUGCUCGAGACGCUCAGGACUCUGAUGAUUUUCUCAGCUACGACUAUGGAUACUCCGGCCCUCCUCCGCCUGCUCCAACCACCUAUGGCGAGGAGUCGUCGACGGAACAAUAUGGUGCCAGUACCACCGAUGAAGAAUACUCAACAAGUGCAAGCACGGCGACAAGUCCGAGCGGAAAAUCUAGUGACUCUUACCCUGCUUCUGCCAGUGUCACUGCUACCUCUGGAUCAUCUUCCGCCUCUUCGGAUGCCGCCACUACGUACCCACCUACGCCCGUCUCCUCAGGCGACUCUUCGUCGUCAACUAGGUCAACCGGCGCUGUCUCAUCACCAAUCACGACAGAUACUGAUUCGGGUACCCUCGCAACAGUCUCAGAGACAUCCACGAGCUCAAGCUCAAGCUCAAGGGGAACGUGGAACACCACCACUCUUGCGCCGUCUCCGGCCCACUGCAACUACUUCCUCAACACUAUCCGGUUCAAAGUCUGCCACUCUGGUACCGCCGUUCACUGCGUCCAACUCGUCAGCAACUGCAACUGGUACCGCGCCAGGGACAUCAAUCUUGCCAAGUUCGCUCUUCAGAACAUCGUUCCCAACUGGCCCGACUUUGACGCAGCCUGUUGA